AUGAACCAGCAAGAGGACAGUGAACUUGCUCCUAUUGACCCCGAGAUCGAACGAACUUUCAGAAAAAGGAGAAAGGAUCAAAAGGCUAAAAGCCGAGGCACUAUGGUUGAACGUGUUGAUGAUGAGGGGGAUGGCCAGCAAGUCACUAAUCCCAUUGUUUUGGCGGAUGACAGAGCCAGAGCAAUACGGGAAUACGCUGCCCCCAUGUUUAAUGAGCUAAAUCCAGGCAUUGUGAGGCCAGAAAUACAAGCAGCUCAAUUCGAGCUCAAGCCAGUGAUGUUUCAAAUGCUCCAAACCGUGGGGCAGUUCAGCGGGAUGCCAACGGAGGAUCCUCAUCUUCACCUUCGUUCAUUCUUGGAGUUUCUGCGCAAAUAUUUCCCUCCCACCAGAAAUGCAAAAUUUCGGAGCGAAAUCAUGUCAUUCCAGCAGCUUGAAGAUGAAUCAACCAGUGAUGCAUGGGAGAGAUUUAAGGAGCUUUUGCGGAAGUGUCCACACCACGGCAUCCCGCACUGUAUACAGAUGGAGACCUUCUAUAAUGGCCUCAAUGCAGCUUCUAGAAUGGUGUUAGAUGCCUCGGCCAAUGGUGCUAUCUUGUCCAAGUCUUAUAAUGAAGCUUUCGAAAUUCUGGAAAGGAUAGCCAGUAAUAAUUAUCAAUGGUCCAACACAAGAGCUCCAACAAGCAGAAAAGUGGCGGGGGUGCUGGAAGUAGAUGCAUUGACUGCUUUGACAGCCCAAAUGGCUUCCAUGACUAAUAUUCUGAAAAACAUGAGUUUGGGGAGCAACAUUCAGCCAGCUGCUGCUAUUCAAAGUGGAGAUAAUUCCUGUGUAUAUUGUGGAGAUGGGCACAUGUUUGAAAAUUGCCCUUCCAACCCAGCAGCAGUUUGUUAUGUGGGAAACCAGAAUUUUAACCGAAACAGUGGCCCAUACUCAAAUUCGUACAACCCAGCUUGGAGGCAACAUCCGAAUCUAUCUUGGGGGGGUCAAGGAGCAAGUUCCAGCAGUGUACCAGCACAAGGGAAGCAAGCUUAUCCACCAGGUUUUUCUCAGCAGCCAAGGGCUCCACAACCGCAACACCCUCAAGGCUCUCAAUCCAACUCUUUGGAGAGUCUAAUGAGGGACUAUAUGGCAAAAAAUGAUGCAGUGAUACAAAGUCAGGCAGCAUCCCUACGUAAUCUUGAAAUGCAGCUGGGACAAUUAGCCAAUGAUCUGAAAAAUAGGCCUCAAGGUUCUUUGCCUAGUGACACGGAGAAUCCAAGGAGGGAUGGGAAGGAACAUUGCAAGGCUAUCAACCUAAGGAGUGGAAAAAUUCUGGAAAAUUCUGAGGAGAAAAUAAAGGGCAGUGGGGAGCCCACUUCAAUCCAAACUGAAGGAGAAUCUAGUAAAAAACCAGCAAAAGAAGUUACUGAAACUGGCCCAGUUGAUACAGCAUCGGGUCAGCAAUCUGUUCCAGUAAAGUCUAUACCAAAGCCGCCCCUACCAUUUCCUCAGCGAUUUCGCAAACAGCAGCAAGAUGGGCAGUUCAGGAAGUUUCUGGAUGUGUUAAAACAACUCCAUAUUAACAUUCCCUUGGUGGAAGCCUUGGAACAAAUGCCAAACUACGUCAAAUUUUUAAAAGACAUUUUGACGAAAAAGAGAAGGCUGGGGGAGUUUGAAACUGUUGCUCUUACAGAGGGUUGCAGCGCUAUGUUGAAGAGUAAAAUCCCUCCAAAAUUGAAGGACCCUGGCAGUUUUACGAUCCCUUGUUCUAUUGGGGGACGAGAUGUUGGAAGGGCAUUGUGUGAUUUAGGCGCUAGCAUUAAUCUUAUGCCGAUGUCGAUUUUUAAGAAGCUUGGUAUUGGUGAAGCAAAGCCUACAACUGUUACAUUGCAGCUGGCGGAUAGAUCUAUGGCCCAUCCUGAAGGGAAAAUUGAGGAUGUUUUAGUGCAGGUUGACAAAUUUAUUUUCCCAGCCGACUUUAUUAUCUUGGAUUAUGAAGCUGACAGAGAAGUGCCAAUUAUAUUGGGGCGGCCGUUCCUUGCUACGGGGCGAACAUUAAUUGAUGUACAGAAGGGGGAACUCACUAUGAGAGUCAAUGAUCAGUAA